GUAAACAUGAAUGAAAAAGAGGCAGAGCUCCGCUUCUGAGGGUCCGCGCAAAGUGCAGAGGAGUGCGGAGACCCAUUGCAACUGCGCCAACAAAAGAUUAAGUUUAACUUAGCUGAAGAUCUGAAUGUUUUCUGCGAUUCUUUACAAGUGUUAACAUCUACUUUACUCACACAUAAUACGCUAUAUACCACGAACCUCAGUCCGCAAUAAGUUCAUGUGAGAAACAUUGAAUGUGACGGUCUCUUUAUUAGUUUGAUCCCUUUGGAAUGCACUGAUAGUUUAUAUUUGAUUACUCUCCUAAUUUGUUUACUAACACAGGUUCAUUGUAAGAUUCCAAAACAGGAAACCUAAACCGCAGUUUCUUUAUUACUGGGGGAAAUGCGCGCAAAUAAAUCUAAUAAUCACAGUCUGGUCUGAGACCUCUUGCUGCUGAAUUGGAAACCAGGGGACUUUUAAAAGAGCUAAAGUCAUUUAUUCCCAAAAAAGAAAUAAGUAAAUAAAUAAAUAAAAAAUAAAAAUAAAGCCCUGCAGACUAUCCUCCCUAACUUAAGAAAAUGUUGUUGAUCAGACUACUGGCUAUCUUCCUCGUCCUCAUCACUAACACGUGGCUGCUCAACCCGGUUCGCUCCGAUGCACUCAGCCGGUACAAACGCGCCAUGGCCCGGCGGGCAGACCGCGAGCUCUCCAGGCUAGCAGGUGAACCCUGCACCGUCUCCGGCGUCCGGAGGUCCCGGCGGCAGCCCCUCUCCCUCUCCCCGUCCCAACACCGCCCUCCAGCGGCCCGUCUGAGGACGCACACGAGCCCGAGAGAGCUGUACACUGUUGAGAGCGCUUCUGCGGUUUGUGCAGGAGGGUGUAGGGGUGACACCGGGGUGCACCGGGUCGAGGAGAGGGGAGGCUGGGGCGACACAGAGGAUGUGGCGGUGGGAGCGGAGGACGGUUAUGUUACGUUGCCUGGACGGCUGCAGCAACGCUCCACAGAUGGCAGGACCGACCCAAAUGAUGUUAGUAAAGACGCCACACAACUGCCCAGGAUGCCUGUGCUUAAAGACGCCGGACAGAGCGCCUCCUCCUCGGGCCAGGCGCAGUCCCCGCGCGGCUUCCGCUCCAGGCUUGCUCGUAGCCUCGACGGGACGUUUCCAUACGAGGAAGAGGGCAACUCCAGUUGGAAGAAAGUUUUUCCCGACAGCUCAACAGAUUCCAAGGGACUCCAGGUUCUCUACAGACUGCACCAGGGGGAUGGAGAUCAGCAGACCUCGACUGGGACUGUGGAGGACGGUACCGAGGACUACUCUGGGGAGGUGGAAAAGGCGGAUCCACCGGUGAGCCUGCCCGCUGCCAGCUCCUCUCCGUGGGGGAGCCCCGUGCCUAGGGUGCCCCCUUCAUGGAUGACUGCCCUGUACUUCAGCGGGCGUCGGGACCAGCUGAAGAUGAAGCCGACAGCAAGGGUGGAGCUCCCGAGGGCCAAGUUCAGCCUGGAGCUCUGGGUGAAGCCUGAGGGAGGGCAGAGCAACCCUGCAGUCAUAGCAGGUGUAUUUGACAACUGUUCCCAUUCACUGAGUGAGAAGGGCUGGUCAGUAGGCAUUCGCACCGUGGAGCCCACCGGCACCAAAGACGCAAGGUUCUACUUCACGCUUCGGACAGACCGAGCUGUAAAAUCUACCACUGUCUAUAGCCACCAGAGAUACAGGGCUGGUGCCUGGACUCACCUAAUGGCCACUUACAAUGGCCACAAUAUGACCCUGUAUGUUGAUGGAGCUAAGGUGGGAGAAAGCAAUCUCCAGUCAGGGAACCUGUACAGCCCCUUCAUGAGGACCUGCAGAACCCUCUUCCUCGGCAGUAACCAGUCAGACCAGGGACACAGCUUCAGGGGCCAUAUAGGGGGUGUGGUGUUGUGGGGUUACGCCCGGUCUCAUGAGGACCUGCUGAAGCGGCCGCUUCAGAUUGAUAAGAGCGAGCCGGUCCUGGCAAUGUGGGCCGACUUCACUAAUGUGGAAGAGCUAUGGACUCCAUAUAAAGCUGGCCUCCAUCCAACCAUUAUCACCACUCCUGUCCCAGAGGAAGAACUUGUCUCCUCAUUCCUACCACCACCCUGUGGCCUGACACCCUGUGACAACACCGACAUCAUCUUUGGCUACAACAACAACUGGCAGCUCCGUGCCCCCAAGCGAGUUCGCUACCGGAUUGUCAACCUCUCCGAUGACGAUGGUGGAAACCCCACCGUCUCACAAGCCCAGAUCGAUCUCCAACACCGGGCUCUGACUGAGGCCUUUCGCCCUUACAACAUCACCCUAGAUCUGAGUGUACACACCGUCAGAAACUCCAGCCUCCAAAAGAGGUUUAUCCUCAGCAACUGUCGAAUUGGAAAGAUUGGGAAUCGCCAAUGUGACCCUGAGUGCGACCAUCCAAGAACGGGCCACGAUGGAGGGGACUGCCUCCGACUGGGGCCCUGCUACAACUGGAAGAGACAAGACGGGGUUUGUAACAUGGAGUGCAACAGUAUACACUAUGACUACGAUGACGGAGACUGCUGCGACCCGGAGGUCACUGACGUCCUCAAGACCUGCUUUGAUCCGGAGUCCCCUGACAGGGCGUAUAUGAGUGUGAAGGAGCUAAAGGAGGAGCUACACCUGAGCGGCACUGACACGCUUAACGUUUUCUUUGCCAGCAACUCAGUACGUGAAGAGCUGGCAGGAGCUGCAACCUGGCCAUGGGCGAAGGAGGCUCUCACCCACCAAGGUGGGAUGGUGCUGAACCCAUCCUACUUUGGUACGAUGGGCCACCACAACACCAUGAUCCAUGAGAUGGGACACAUCUUUGGCCUGUAUCAUGUCUUCAAAGGGGUGAGCGAGCGGGACUCCUGUGAUGACCCAUGUCAGGAGACCACCCCAUCUAUGGAGACAGGAGAUCUAUGCGCUGACACUGCCCCAACACCCAAAUCCAAAGCCUGCCACGAUCCUGGAGCCGUUAAUGAUACCUGUGGGGUCACCACGUACCAGGACACACCUUACAGCAAUUACAUGAGUUACACAGAUGACAACUGCACAAACCAUUUCACUCCCAACCAAGUGGCUAGGAUGCACUGUUAUCUUGACUUGGUCUAUCAGAAGUGGCAGACGGACCGUCAACCUGUCCCCAUCCCUCUGGCCCCCAUUGUAACUGACCAGAGCCCAGAUUCUGUCUCUAUCUAUUGGCUGCCACCUAUAAGGGGACCGCUUUACCAAAGCUCCACAUCCCACGCGUCUGCUAUCAACUGCGGAGACUGUGAGAAGGAUGGCGUCUUCCACCAGUACGCCUAUGAGGCUACCUCGCCUCGCAUCUGCGACACAUCGGGCUACUGGACACCUGAGGAGGCAGUUGGUCCACCUGAUGUGGAGCAGCCCUGCGAUCCCAGUCUCCAGGCGUGGAGUCCUGAGCUCAGCCUUUAUGACACUAAUGUGACCUCACCCUGCCCGGACACGGAGGGCUGCACCCUUACACUGAGAUUCCUCCACCCCAUUGUCCCACACGCACUCACCCUUUGGGUCACCUACAUCUCUUCUAGCAACCCAGCCAUAGCCAACAUAGAGCUGAUAACAGACACAGGGAAAAGCAUCAACCUCGGACCCCAGCAUGUUUUCUGUGAUAUGCCCCUGACCUUACGCCUUGACACCCACAACGCCGCCAUCGCCGCCAUAAAACUCUGCACCUUUGAUGAGAAGCUGGAGAUCGAUGCAGCCAUGUUGUCUACGGGUCCCAGCAGCCCUCUGUGCUCUGGCUGCCAGCCCCUGCUGUACUGGGUUCAACGGCAACCGCCCUUUACCAGCAAAUCCCCAUCAGCUCAGACUCAGCAGACGUUCACUGACAGCUUUGUCAGGCAAGGAGUCAAGUACCAGUACACAGUCCAGGUGGAAUCAGAUGGUCUUCUCAGCGAUCCCUCCCCACCUCUCCUCUACACCCAUGGGCAAUCCUACUGUGGGGAUGGCCUCAAACAGGGGACAGAGGAGUGUGAUGACAGUAAUCUGUUGGAUGGGGACGGCUGCUCUAAGAAAUGUCUCAAGGAGAUGGGCUUCAACUGUAAUGGUGAACCCAGUCAGUGUUAUGUUUUUGACGGUGACGGUGUAUGUGAGGAGUUUGAGCGGGGCUCCAGUGUUCAGGACUGUGGUUACUUCACGCCUUUGGGCUACACGGACCAGUGGGCAUCCACCGCCACCGCUUCCCACCAGGACCCCAAACGCUGUCCUGCCCACGCUGCCACCGGGGAGCCAUCACUUACCAAGCUCUGCAGGUACCAGCACAUAGAGGUGAGUGAGAACCUGCCUACCGAUGCCUGGUUCCCUUGCACAGCCCAGUCCGACACAAAUAAUGACCUGGAACAUUCAUUUUGGCUGAAGGUGGGAUUUGUUCAUCCUGGAGUGGCAGCCUCUGUAAUGGUGUACUUGGCUUCAGACGGGUCAUGGUCUGGGGAGCAGUGUCGGAGGACGGCCACGAUCCUCCUGUCUGAUACGACAGGCAAAAACCACUCACUAGGGGCACAUGACCUCUCGUGCCAUCGGAACCCGUUGGUGGUGAAUGUGACCCACGACCUCUCUCAGCCCUUCUUCCUCACAUCCUCUGUUAUCCUCCUCUUCUCCUCCCCUUCUGUGGCAGUGGGAGGUGUGGCUUUGAGGACCUCCUGUCACUUCAGCACCUUCGCCCUGACCGGCUGUUUGCGGCAGCCAUGUCAGAUGGACAGCUGCAGCCCGCCUCAGUUAGAGCACGCCUCUGUCAGGUGCACCGGAGGAGGGGAGGCCUCUCACUGCUCUGUUCAGUGUCACCGUGGUUUCAGUAUCACUGUCCUCAAUGGCAGGGGAAGCCCACCCCAUCAGAGAAAGACAGAGCUGGAGUGUUUUCAUGGCUCAUGGGAUCGUGUAGUUAGCUGUCAGCCUGUAGACUGCGGACUGCCUGAUCAGUCUCAUGUCUACCACGCCAUAUUCAGCUGCCCCUGGGGAACCACCUUCGGCAAACAGUGUUCCUUCACGUGUGGAUCACCAGCCAUACUACAAGGUGACAGUGACAGGUUGGUGUGUUUGGAGGACGGGCUGUGGUCCUUCCCAGAGGCCUACUGCAAGAUAGAGUGUCCAGAGGUACCAAACAUACCCGAUGCCAAGCUGCUAACAGCAGACUGUCUGGCCUCAGGGCAUGAUGUUGGCUCAGUCUGCCGUUACAAAUGCAACCCAGGCUUCUAUGUAAUAGGGAGCCUCAAAAAGAAGACACCGAGGAAGUACUUCAAGUUGGAGUGCCUGGCAGGGGGUCAGUGGGAGGAAAAUGGCUGUGAGCCGAUUUCCUGUCCACCCCUACAUGACGUAUUCCAGGGCAUGUACACCUGCACCAACGGCCUGUACUAUGACACCGCCUGCACCCUGCGGUGCUCAGAUGCAACAGAAAAUAGUGAGAUUCGCUGCACUAAGGACGGUGAAUGGACGGCAGAGUUCACAAUGUGCUCUAGGCUCCAAGGAUCCUGCUCUCCUCCUCCUAAUCUCAACUCCGUUGAGUACAGCUGUGACCAGGGGAUGGAUGUUGGUGCUGUUUGCUACCCAACAUGCAUUGUGGCUCUGGACGUGGAUCUGCGUGACCCUGUGGUUCUCCCCAAUGGCACUACAGCUGAAUCUUUAAAGCACUGGAUGCUGCCCACCAAAGUGCAGAGCAUAGUCUGUACAGGGAUGAUGAAGUGGUACCCUGACCCUCAACACAUCCAUUGCAUCCACUCAUGUGAGCCUUUUGGAGGGGACGGCUGGUGUGACACCACCAACAACCGGGCCUACUGCCAGUAUGACGGAGGAGACUGCUGCCCGUCAACACUCUCCACCAGAAAGGUCAUUCAGUUUGGGGCAGACUGCAAUCAGGAUGAGUGCACUUGCCGUGAUCCGGACGCUGAGGAGAACAAGAGCAAAGCCAAGCGCUUGGAAGGAGGAGGAGGUGGAGCUGGAGGAGGAAUGCAAUAAGAUGGAGGCAUGAAAGAAGCUGAACACAGUCAAACCACAGACUAUACACCACAACAAACAAAAAUAUUCAUUUUUUAACAUUUUAUAAUGUGAAGAAUGCGAUUGAAGUCAGACUUCAUACAAUGAAAGGCCAUUUUAUCAUAAACGAUCUUACUGUUAAAGGUAUCAAAUAUGAGUCAUGCUCGUUUAAAAUGUGAUUCUCGUGUUCAGUGCAGCCAAAUAACAACCACACGUGGAUAGAAUGCUUUCCUGUCCUGUGAAGAAGCUAAGGGUUAUCCUCACCGUCGGAUGUGUGUAAGAGCAGAAAGUGAUAUUUUUGAAAAUGGGAGCCUAACUGAGAAAAAACACUGAGGUCUAGUUCAAAUAGGGUUAAAAAGCAGUUUAUCCACCGCUGUACAAAUCAAGUCAUCAUAAUUGGCUCAAAUCACUAUUGUAAAUGGAUUCAAGUACUUUUCUGGACUUGAUUAGCCUUGGGAUAAAGAAACCAAAAGAACUGGCUGUGCCUGAUAAUUCCUCAGUACACGCACAGUCCUUACAGUAAGGGCUACUGCUACUAAAUUUGUUUACUGUAGCAUCCAGCUAGAUGAGAUAUAUUAGCAUCUCAUAGAAUUUAAAAUCAUACUGAAGCCAAAACACGUACUGGUUGAUAUUUCUCUCACUCAUGCUGAAUGGCAGUUCAGUUUAGUUUUUUUUUUUUUUUUUGGUUUUGUUUUUUUAAGUCGUCUGAUGGCUGCUCAAAACCAAAUGUGUCAAAUCAGUCAAAUCGAAUCUAAGUCAAAUGGGUACAGGAAAAGAGGAGUCUAAUUUCUAUCCCCCUAGACAGAAAUAUUACCUCAAAACCACAUCCCUUCUGUCCUCAUGGCAGAACAAAAACAAAAUCCUCCCUGAUACUGAAAUGAUUUUUGAUCUUCAUCAUCAUCGUGCAUCAGAUCCUUCUGCAAAGCAGCUCUUUCUGACAUAUAGUUGUUAGGAAUGUAAGAGGAUACAUAUCUGUAAAGACUAACAUGUAUAGACUAAUAUAUUUGGAUCACCUAACAUAUCUACUACAUCACGUAUUAGUUACACAAGUCAACACACUAUUUAUAUCAUCAAUCCAGUAAUACAAACAUUUAUUUGUACCACACAGCAUGUGCACAGGGCUUGCCAAAAGUGUCAUGUUUUUUGAUUGUAUGUACACAAACAAAUCUUGUCGGCUGAGAUACGUCAUCCAUAUCUAAUGUCAUUUUAAGAAUUGGAAAUGAAAACAAAAAAAACAGAAACAAAACAGCAGGAUCAAAUGCAACAGACUGCAUAAUGUGAACACUCGCUUGUGAAAGUGGAAAUUCUGAAACAUCAAGAAUUUCUACUGAAACACGUCAUGUUGGGGUGCUCCACAAGUCAGUGGACAGGGAGUCCAACUGUAAAGCUGCCAGAAAUAUAACACUUUUGGGAAACCCAGCCAUAACUUUUGUGUUCAGAGGCAGUUGUGAAGUUCAACACGGGCGUCAACUUUCUCCUGUUUGCAUGUUUGUAUGUCAGAAAGGUUCUGGUAUCCAUUAGCAAGAAAUGAUGAAGUACCCUAUCCAAAUAUUGUAUCUAUAAAAGUGUAAUCAUGUUCUUUGUGAUAUUUUACAGUACUUUAUGCUCUAUAUGAAAUAAAUAGCAACUUUAUAUC